AUGUCGGUAUCACAAUCACUACCUCUAAGAAUCAUACAUUCAUUAAUUAUACUUAUAUUAGUUCCAAAAACUUAUAUGAGUGGAUUCCUUGCAUUAUCAAUUAUUAAACCAGAUAUUUCAAAUAUAUCGUAUAAUUCUAAAGUUAUGAAAAUGGUAUGGGGUGGAUGUAUAUUGAUGAAACUGAAUCAUGUUGUUAAAUAUUCAAAGAUUUUAUAUAAAAAAUGGGAUUAUUAUAAUUCAAGAGAACAAACUUUCAAUGAUUCUUUAGGUCCAUUAGGGUAUGAAUUUUUAGGAGGUUUGAUAUUGAUAUAUCUGUCUUAUGAAUAUUUGAAAAAUCGUGAUAUUGCUUUACAAGAGAAUGAUGAUGAGGAAAAGAAGUAA